CCCACAAUAUAAUCUAUCACACACCAACUCAACUCUUUCAUUCUAUGUGUUAAAAAGGAAUUUUCAUAUUCCCUCCUCUAAUUGCUCUCUUCUUUUACAGUAGGAGUCCCAUAGCAUGAUGAAGGGGUAUAGGGAAGACAAUUCAUGCUGCUAUUUCCAUCCUAAAGAAGUUGUUAUUGGGGUUUGCCCUCUGUGCUUAAAUGAGAGGCUUCUUUUCUUAGCUUCAAAGCAGGCCCAACGCUCUUCAUCAUCCACCUGCAAAAGCAACCAUAGAUUAAUUCAUGGUGUCUCACUAAAGAAACCUCCCAUUAACCUCCCCAAGAUCUUUGCUUUAGGCUCACUUCUCAAUCGUCUUGAGUUCAAGCAUUGCAAAUCUGAAAAUUCCGAUGCUCAUGAUGCUUCAACCAGUCAAGAAGAUUCCUUUAUCUCAAUUAAGUUUGAAGAGAAUGGUGUUGGUUCAUGGGACAAAGGCACAGUUUCAAAGGUCUCUCUUGAGCAUUGCAGUAUGUCAUGGAACCCCAUUAAGGAUGCCAAUAAGAGUGUGAUAGAGCAUGCCAAACCACGAGCUUCGCUUAAGUGGCGAAAGCGGAUUGGCCACUUAUUCCAGCUCAUGAGGUGGAAGAGAUCCAGCAAGGUAGAAGGACUGAAAGUGAUGAGAAGGAAGGGGUGGUGGAUAAGGAGUCUGACAAAGUGGACCAAAGAAUAAAGACAUCUUUUGUAUAGAAAGGGACACCUAAAGCUUUGCUUUUCGUCUUCCUCCAUGCCAAUUUGUGCGUGUGUGUUGGGGCUCUCAUAUAAUUGAGAUGGUAAGAGUCAAAAUAUGCUUUAUCACCCUAACGUGCUUUGGUUUAAAGUUCUUUGGCUGCUGCUUCUAUUAUACUCUUUUUUCUUUUUCUGAUAAACUGAACCAGCUGUAAAAGGAUUAUUUGUUUACAAUGAGCCACAUUCCUAAUACAAAAAAGAAAGAAAGAAAUAUUUGUAUA